AUGUAUGGCCUUCUGUGUGAGAGUCUGCACGACUUCAUUAAGGAGUCGUAUGGGGACGACGUGUGGAAGCUGGUGAGAGAGAGGGCAGAUGUUCGACUCCACUCCUUUGUCACACACCAGGUCUACAGUGAAAGUGUAAUCCCACGCAUUGCUAAAGCAGCGAGUGGUGUCACAGGCACUCCCUACAAUGAGCUGAUGAACUCCUGGGGGGUUUACUUUCUGGGCUUUGUUGGGAAGUAUGGUUACGACCGUAUUCUCAAGGUGUUGGGUCGUCAUGUGCGUGACUUUGUUAACGGUCUAGAUAACCUGCAUGAGUAUCUGCGCUUCAGUUACCCUAAAGUUCAGCCACCCACCUUUUUCUGCCAGGAGGAGUCUGCUACUGGGGUCACACUGCACUACAGGAGCAAGCGAAAAGGCUACCUGCACUAUGCUAUGGGUCAGCUGAGGCAGAUGGGGAAACAGUUCUACGACACAGACAUCCAUGUGGAGGUUCUUUCUGAGCAGCUGGUGGGAGAUUAUUCUCACGUCACUAUGAGAUUGAACUUUGAUAACUCUGCUUAUCGCUACAUCCAGAAAGAGGAUGAAGAGGAGCAGGAGAUUCUGCCAAUCACUAGUGACUUUUUCUUUGAGGUGUUUCCCUUCAACAUUGUUUUCAGACAGGACAUGGUGGUGCACAAUGUUGGCUCUGGAUUGGCCACAGUCUUUCCAGACCUCGAUGGAAAGAAGAUUAAUGAUGCAUUCCUCCUGGCACGUCCCCUGGUGGAGUUCACCUGGAACAUGAUCAUUUCCCACCCCAACAACCUGUUUGAAAUCAUGUCUAAGGAGCCUGUAAAGAGAGAACGAAACCUUCAUAAUAGAGUCCAGAACUCUGAUUAUGAGAAUGCUAAUCGCUCUGCUGAUGUAGAUGUGGAGCUCAUGGCCUUCCAGUCCAUCAUCGGAGAUGACUACAAAGAUGGAAACAGUGCCAAUGCCAUGGAGAGCUGGGGUGAUGGAAGCCGCUGCCUCAAACUCAAAGGCCAAAUGAGAUACAUGCCUGAGUGGGAGUCCAUCAUCUUCCUGGGAACACCUGUAAUGGAGAGUCUGAGUGCUAUGUUUAAAACCGGGCUCUACAUCAAUGACCUGAGCAUGCACGACUCCAGCAGAGACCUGGUGCUGGCAGGAACCCAACAAUCUGAAGAGCUCAAACGGGCUCUCAUACAGGAGCAGAAGAAAUCCAGCAAGCUGGAGGAGAGCAUGAAAAUGUUGGAUUAUGAAAUGAAGAAGACAGAUGACCUGCUGUACAGGAUGAUUCCCAAACCUGUGGCUAAAAGGCUGCGCAAGGGAGAGCCUGCAGUGAACACGUGUGAGGUGUUCCCAGAUGUUACCAUCCUCUUCAGUGAUGUGGUGGGCUUCACACGCAUUUGCAGCCACAUUACUCCCAUGCAGGUGGUGUCCAUGCUCAACACCAUGUACACGCUGUUCGACACACUCAGCGAGAAGCACAGAGUUUUCAAGGUUGAAACUAUUGGAGAUGCUUAUAUGGUCGUAGCAGGCGCUCCGGAGAAGACUAAGUAUCACGCUCAUAACAUCUGUGACAUGGCCUUGGAUAUGGUGCGCUCUAUUGACCACCUCAAAGACCCUUCAAACGGAAACAACAUUCAGAUCCGAGUGGGUAUCCACUCUGGAAUGGUUGUCGCUGGGGUCGUAGGACACAAAAUGCCCCGUUACGGUCUUCAUGGUGAUACUGUCCACACUGCGUCUGCCAUGGAAAGCAAUGGAAAGGAAAUGCACAUUCAGCUCAGCAGCGCCACCUAUGAGCACCUGAAGGGCAGCCACUUUAUCUUCGAGAGACGUGGAACCAUAACGAUUAAGGGUAACGUGGAGAUCGAGACGUAUUGGCUGAAAGGGAAGAGGGAUAAAGAUGGGAACGCGCAGGCUGCCUGCCCACAGUUUGAAGCUCAAACCAUCAGCAAGGCUACUAUCUCUGCCGCAGAGCCCCCUAUUGACGAAGAGGAACUGGUGUUCCCGUCUGUAACGGGUGAGGAUGAAGAUGACGUGAAGUCGAUCCGUUCUCACCGUAUUAAAAUGGAAACCUCUGGCAACUCUCUGGAGGAGUCCAUGGAAGAGGGCCGGGUGGAGGAGCUGUCUGUCAGCAAGUCUCAUUAUAAAGAUGCCUUGCAGGAUGGUGGUCUCCAGGACCCUCACAUCGAGAUGGACUCUCCAGACUUUGAUGGCCGGGACUCCAUCAUGCAGUCUCCGGAAGGUUCCUGUGACUCUCGGUGCUCAGAGAAAAGCACCAUGUGUUCCAUAUCCUGAAACCGACUCCAUUAG